GUUUCCAACUUCGGUUGGUGUGUGUCGAAGAACCCAGAAGAAUCCUGACGGCGACCUGAGGAAAGCAGCCCAGCAGAGACGGUCCACCGAGCCUCGCCUUGGUCCGCUGCGCGACUGCGGUCCGGAGCUUCUCCGGACCGCGGUCACCAGUGGACCAUCGCGGGCCAGGUGUGGGACCCCGUCAUCCUUCCCGGCUUCGCAGAGGAAUCCUCGAGUGGAACAAGCGUGUUUUGAAAACGAAGAGGAGCCGCCGACCACGAGGGGCACCCUCCCCAGAGUGAGGCAACACCUGGGAGGUUCCCUCCCACCACCACCAUGGCUGCGGCGGGUGGUUUCGACUGCCCGCCCCCUCCUCCUCCUCCUCCCCCCAACAACAACAACAACAACAACAAGCCCAAGAGCUCCAGCGUGCCCAACAACAACCAGCGCCGCCGCCGCCACCACCACCACCACCACCACCACCGUGGUGAGACCUCUGAAGAUAUCAGCAGCCUCAGAGCACAGGUGGUCAGGCCGUCCCCGAGGAACAACAGCCUGCACCCCCAGGUGGACAUAUUCACAGGCCAUAACGGCGGUCUUCGCAGUCUUCGUGAUCACGUAGAAGUCGAAGUUGAACCAGAACCUGAACAGGUUCAUUUCCACAUCCCUGUAGAAGACAGUGAAGAUGACCUUGAGCUCCAGGGUGCUGCAGCGGCCGCUACUCCAGCAAUCUUCUUUGAGGAUGACUGCCUUGAAGACCUUCCUGAGAAGUUUGAUGGCAACCCUGACAUGCUGGGUCAGUUCAUUUCCCAGUGCCAGCUCUUCAUGGAGAGAAGCACCAGAGAUUUCUCUGCUGAUCGUAUCCGUGUAUGCUUCGUGACAAGCAUGCUGACCGGCCGAGCCGCCCGCUGGGCUUCUGCUAAGCUGGAACGAUCCAGUUACCUGAUGCACAACUACCGUGCCUUUAUGAUGGAGUUGAAGCAUGUCUUUGAAGACCCUCAGAGACGUGAAGCUGCCAAGCGCAAGAUCAGACGUCUGCGCCAGGGCAUGGGAUCUGUUGCCGACUACGCCAACCAUUUCCAGACGGUUGCCCAUGAUCUGGAUUGGAAUGAGCCUGCUCUAAUUGAUCAGUUCCUUGAAGGCCUCGGUGACCAAAUGCAUGAGGAGCUGUCUCGCCACGAGCUCCCAAGCACCCUGUCGGCUCUGAUCAGUCUUGUCAUUCACAUUGAGAGAAGACAGGCCCGUGCUGCUGCUGCUCGCAAACCCCGAUCUGAUCCACCCAGGGCCCUAGUGAUGCCUCAGAACCACCAUCCUGAUCCUACUGAGCCCGUGGGAGGUGCCCGCAUGCGCCUGACCCAGGAAGAAAAAGAAAGACGCCGCAAACUGAACUUAUGUCUAUACUGCGGCAGUGGAGGCCACUACGCUGACAACUGUCCAGCGAAGGCCUCCAAAAAUUCACUCGGGAAACUCCCCGGCCCCGCUGUAGAGGGACCUUCAGCGACAGGGCCAGAAGAAAUAAGGUCCCCACCCCCCGAGGCUUCGACUCCGCACCUGCAAGUGAUGCUCCAGAUCCAUAUCCCGGGCCGACACACCCUGUUUGUCCGAGCUAUGAUUGAUUCUGGCGCAUCCGGCAACUUCAUCGAUCAAGACUACGUCAUCCAAAAUGGGAUUCCUCUAAGAAUCAAAGAAUGGCCAAUCAUGGUGGAAGCGAUAGAUGGGCAUCCUAUAGCCUCGGGCCCAAUUGUUCUAGAAACACACCACCUGAUUGUUGACCUGGGUGACCACCGAGAACUACUGUCUUUUGAUGUGACUCAGUCUCCGUUCUUUCCCAUUGUCCUGGGAAUUCGUUGGCUGAGCACACAUGACCCUCACAUUACCUGGAGCACUCGCUCCAUUGUCUUCAACUCUGAUUACUGCCGAUUUCGCUGCCGGAUGUAUUCCCAGAUACCUCCUGCUCUGCUGCUACCACCUUAUCCUCCACAUCCACCGUUCUUCUACCAUGUGGAUGGAUACAGAGUUUUCCACCCUGUGAGGUAUUACUACGUCCAGAAUGUGUACACACCUGUGGAUGAGCACGUCUACCCGGGUCACCGGCUGGUUGACCCCCACAUAGAGAUGAUCCCUGGAGCGCACAGCAUUCCCAGUGGACAUGUGUACUCAUUGUCUGAAUCUGAAAUGGCUGCCCUGCGAGAAUUCGUGGACAGGAACGUGAAGAAUGGACUUAUGACUCCGACCGUCGCUCCCAAUGGAGCCCAGGUCCUGCAAGUGAAGAGAGGGUGGAAACUCCAAGUCACGUACAAUUGCAGAGCUCCACACAACUGCACAGUCCAAAAUCAGUACCUUCGCAUGACUCUUCCAAACAUGGCGGAUCACGCACACCUGGCAACCUAUGGUGAAUUUGUCCCUCACGUUCACGGAUACCACCACCAUCAUCACCAUAUCCCUGCCUAUGCCACCUACGCAGGUCAUCAAGUGAUGUUUGCAUGGUACCCAGUGGGACGAGAUAUACAUGGAAGAAUGAUCCUCAUGCCUGUUGUGAUCACCUGGUGUCCACAUUGGUACCGCCAUCAUCCUCAUCCGGUACCCCAGUAUCCUCCUCCGCAGCCACCACCUCCGCCGCCGCCGCCUCCGCCACCACCUCCACCACCUCCAUCCUACAGUACCUUGUAAAUACCUGUCAUGUCCUUCGGAGUGUCUCUGCCCUCAACUUUAUCCUGUGCAGCUUCUCAAUCAAUGACUGUGUGCUACUGGAUCUUCAGACCACCUGAGGCACAAAGGCACGCAGGGCUAAAGUCAGUUUUCCAUCUUGACUGCCAGUUAGUAAGUUGACAUCUCAAUCACAGACUGGCAAAUUUCUUUACAGAGAAGCUGAUGCAAACACAGGACCUGCUGAUUUCAUACAGAGGGGAGGAGAGGAGGAGGAAGGACACGCCCUGCCCGCAUCCUAGGACGGGCGCCCUUUGCAGGAAGCCAGACUUUCUGGUGCAGCAUGUAAAGGCUUCCGUGAUGAUCUUGCUGCACCCUCCGGAACUUCAUCGACUUCAAACUCCAGUUUCUUGGUUCUGUUUGUUUUCAAGGAGCAGCAGCUUGACUGGUUGUCUGCAACAGGAAACACCUCAGCUCGAAAAGGAAGUUCACAGAUCCUGGUGACUGGCUGGAGAGUGGGGAAAUGCUUUUGCACCCAGACCCACACUCCUGCCAUGGAAGUUGUGUUUGAAAGAGAAGAAUUAGACACUGGACAUUGUCUUGAAGAUACAGGCUUCUUAAGAAUGAGGCUCUUGCUGCUGCCUUGAGCCAUGUGUCUAACUUCUUUCUUUUUGUUUGAUUCUCUACUACUGCCAUUAACCCUGCUGCAGGAUUUGCCACCUUCCUGCCUGACUGCUGAGACUCAGUCUCUAGUUCAGUUUGAGCAGUAGGACACAACAUGGUUUUUUGUCUUCACGGUGAAGUUUCUUUUUCCAUCAACAUCAUCUCUCCCCUACCCUUGCAUGUUUAAGUAGUUUAGUAGAUUUUUUUAAACAUUUUAUUUUCAAGUGUUGGCUAUGCUUUCAGAAUUUCCGUUGAAUUAGAAAGUAUACAUACAAUCGAAAUUCUAUUAAUUGGGCCUUUAAAAUUCACAAAAAAAUGAUAUACAAAUUUGCGGACCCCUAAUUGGCUCUUGAUUCCUGCUCAGUGGGAUCAGAAAGCUUGCCAGUCAUCAUGUUUUACAUUAAUUACUUUUAAAUGGUGCAUUUGUGCUUCUGAUUUUUGUGAAGCGUCACUUCAGUUUACCUCAGAACUCAGUUUCAUCCUUCAUGCAUUUUCAUUGAUUUGAUCUUCAAGCUGCAGAGGGCCUAGAAGUGGGCCGUCUUCUGCAGCCCUGGCAUAUACACACGGACAUUUGCCGCCACUGCAAGCAGAUAUCUGGAGAAGCUGAGCACGACAGUCAGGGAGUGCAUGCUGGUGUGGGCCCGCAGCUCACAGACAACAUCCCUGACACACACUGGAUUGUGUUUUGAAGCUUGCCAUUGACUUUCGGCAGUGUGUACUAUGCUGUAUUCCUAUGUACUAGCUAUAAGGGUUAGGUGUUAAGGAUAAGUUUCAAUUUACUGAAAUUUUGUUAAGUUUUCUUUUAUUUUGUUAAGUUGUUAAGUUUUCUUUUAGUUUGUUAAGUUGUUAAGUUUCCUUUUGUUUUUCUUCUGUUGAUCAAAUUUACAUUAAUUGUUCCUUUUUUCUUUUAUUUGGCAUUUCCAACAAAAAAUGCCCUUAUUCAUUUAUUAAGAAGAAAGAUAAGUUGGAAAAGGAGGAAAAUACAAAUUGACAAAAUUAACUAAUUGGCUGUGGGCCCAAAUUUCAAUUUUUCUUAAUUAAUGACAAAGAGGAUGUGAGAGUUCCUGUUGCUGGUCAUGAAGGUCAUCAUGAAGGGUCAGUUUGGUUUGAACCAGGAGGCGUUUGGCUGAGAUGCUAAUUUGAGAGGGGCAUCUGUAUGGUGCAGUCUAGAGUUGUGUUUAAGUUUGCAGGUACCUCUUGGACUCCUGAACUGACCUGGUUGUCACGCAUCAUCAGCAUCCUGCAUCUCACACAGUUCCGAGAUUGGCAAUGGAGAGCACCCUGUUGGAGAGGCCUGGACAGUCAUGAAGGACCACCUGCGGAAGAGAAGAGUCUGCAGGAACUACGCUACAUAUUCAGCUGGAGAGGGAACACGCAUCUGAUGGGAAUGGAAGCUUUUGGUUGUUUCAGAUUGUAGAACAUUUAUGAGUUGGUCUUGAACAUUGCAUUGUUUUUCUUUUUUUUUCUAUAGUCAAUUAAGUAAUAGGGGAUACAUAAUCAUUAAGAAUUUUAGGCUGGGAGGGAUUAUUAAGUAAUCUUAGGUGGGUGGGUAAGUUGGGAUAAAUUAGGAUAAGAUAGGAUAAAUUAGGAUAAAAUAGGAUAAGUUAGGAUAAGAUAGGAUAAGUUAGGAUAAGAUAGGAUAAGUUAGGAUAAGUUAGGAUAAGAUAGGAUAAGUUAGGAUAAGAUAGGAUAAGUUAGGAUAAGAUAGGAUAAGUUAGGAUAAGAUAACAAUAAGUGGACGAGUGUACUUAUUUGUCCCUCUUACCCCUCCCUACAAUUUUACCUUUAAAAUUCUACUCAGAGGGAACUGCAGGGAAAUCAACAUUCUAUGAGUGAAUUAGACAUGGAAAAAUUCUAGUGAAAGUUCAAAGAUGAUUAGAUCAGUCUAAUAAAGGCCCAGGAAUUAUCUCCAGGGAUAGAUUGUGAGUCAAACUUUGAGAGGCAUAUUUGAGAAACUGUUACUGGAAUAAAGCUUGUAAUGCUGAAUGAUAAAUAUUCAUGGAAAUUGUAAGAAAGUGAUGAAUAAAAUCUCUUGUUCUUUCCUUGUCAGUAGCCCUCCUCCCCUCCCCACCCUAACCCCACCCCUUCUUCCCUCCCCCUCCCCAACCCCACCCUUCAAACUAUAUUACUGUAUUCUCUUUACUAUAUUGAUGUUACAAUAAAAAUUCAAUAAA